GGAAACUGCUACGUGUGGAACCUGACAGGUGGCAUCGGCGAGGAGGUGACGCAGCUGAUCCCCAAGACCAAGAUCCCGGCGCACAACCGCUACGCCCUCCAGUGCAAGUUCAGCCCCGACUCCACGCUCUUGGCCACGUGUUCUGCUGAUCAGACCUGUAAGAUCUGGAGGACUUCGAACUUCUCUCUGAUGACCGAGCUGAGCAUUAAGAGCAAUAACCCUGGGGAAACGUCUCGGGGCUGGAUGUGGGACUGCGCGUUCUCCGGGGAUUCCCAGUACAUCGUCACGGCCUCCUCCGAUAACUUGGCCAGACUUUGGUGUGUAGAGACCGGAGAGAUCAAGAGGGAAUACAGCGGCCACCAGAAGGCAGUUGUCUGCCUUGCCUUCAACGACAGCGUGCUGGGAUAA